CUACUGCUGUAAUUCUCUUCUCUUCGUGUUCACCCCCAGUGAUAUCAACAUAAUUAUACUGAAGUUGAGCAAUGAUUCUCGCUGAAUGCGUUUUACGUGCUUAUUUCUCACUCUGUUGGUUGUUUGUAAUAUGGUGUGUUUUCUUACUCUUUUUCUCAUUAUUUAUUAACAUUUUUUAAAAACAAAUAUUGCAGUAGUAUAACAAAACAAAAACCGCCCUUCUAGUUAGGGAAAAUAGCAUAGCAUAGCAUAUUUUAAGACAAAUCUGUAGAAAGUACGCAGCGCCUGUCAAGCAAAUCCUAUAAUACCAGUUUAUUAAGAGGUUUAGGAACAGCCGACAAUAAACUGACCUUUCUAGGAGCUGCUUUGUACAACUUAAUCUAGACUAAAAAAAAAAAACAAAACUAUAAUAUUACAAAACUGAAAAAAAACACACAAAAGCUCUACAGGUGUUAUGUCCACGGAAAGCUCUUGAAAGCGAGUAAAAAUGGCUUUACAUCAACUUCACGACGUGAUACGGAGAUGUCAAGCGAUUCCGGAUGAUGGCUUUAAAGCGGAAGACUACGACCAGUUCCAGAUGGCAGGCCGGUCCUGCCUGGAGGAAGGGAAGACAGCUGAGGUGCUGGACAUCGUAACCGAUGAGAAGAACAAGGAGAUUGUGAAGAGUAUGGGCUGGAACCUGCUGGGCCCGCUUGUGAAAAUUGUUCUAAAGAAGGAAGCAGAGAGUCUCCAGCAUUGCCUGACCACACUGAAACAUGUAUUAGAAGUUUGUAGUCCUAAAGAGCUUCUGGUGGGCCUACUUGAGCAGAUUGAAGAUGCUGAUGUGGAUAACAUAGCAGAAACCAUCAUACUGCUUUUGCAACCCCUACAGACAGCUCUUCUAAAACUGGGCAAGAAGAAGGCCUCUUCACUGGGCAUGUCUUUGUCAACAGUUCUGAAUCAGAUCUCCCAGCUCCCAGUACCAUACACCAAAGAACAAGAAGAGGAAGAUGUCUAUGGUCUUUGCCAGUGUUGCGCUGCCCUGAUUGAGUUUGUCAAGCCGUUCGUGGAUGAAGUUGAUCGAGGUCGAGAGACUAAGGCAAUCGUUGCCGAGAAUGAGCAAAGAAUUGAGCUGCUAAAAUUCUGUAUGAAGAGCUUGGGCAACCCUGUGCUCCAAUCACAGCUUGACAAGAUCCCUGAUUCUGCAGAGGACCCCCCUUUGAGACACUUUGCUGCCGAAAUCCUAGUAAUUCUGUCUUGCAUUGGGGAGUCCUUCCCUGCACUACUCCUUCAUCACCUAGUAAAAAAGAAGGCAGAGCCAGGCUUUCUUGAAGAAGAUGUGAAGUACCCCAUGGAGUCUCUGGCCUGUCUGUCCUAUUUGUUGUUUGUUCAGCACAUUGGCAUUGAAAGAUUCCCUACAGUCUUUAGCCCUGUGUUUAUUCUUCAGUUUAAUAUGCAGUACAUUGAAGUCCUGUUGAAAAGGUCAGAAGAAUCGAUGUUAUCCAAGGGUCUGGAAUUGUAUGAGAAAAGCCUGCAGAGGACAGAAGACAACAGCCUCCCGAUGCAGCUUUUGGAAGUGAAGUGCUUUCUUAGUGUGCCGCAGGACUUGGUGACAGUGAUGACGCUAUGUCCUAUACAGCAUUUGAGAACAGAGGCACUUGCGGUCUUUCAGCUCUACAUGGAUAAAUUUGACACGGAAGGAAAGCAUAAAUUGUUCGGGUGCCUUUUAAAGAUCAGUCAACAUGCAGGAGUACAAGGCUACAUUAUAACAAACAUCAAAAAUCAGAUAGAUUUUUCCUUGAAGCCAGGUAACAGUAAUGUUUGGUUCUCAGGACCACAGCUGCUUCCUCUUCUACAUCUCGUCCUGUCUCUGCCCGAAGGACCCGAAACAGACCUACUGCAGAACUUCGACAGGAUUAUGGGGUCACUGAACCUUCUGAGGUACUUAUUAAUUCGGGACAAAGAAUGGGAUAACCAUACUGGAAUAUGGACAGAACUCUAUAAGAUUGAAGAGAACUUCUUGAAACUGUUACACACUGGACUGAAGAUGUCAAAGGCACACUAUGAAGCAGAGAUCAAGAAGACGAAAGAAAACAACAGAAAAAGAGGACCGAAAGAAAGUAAGGCUGUCUGCACACUUACAGUAGGUGGUGAGAAGCUGUCUAAUGUGACUCCAGAGAUGCACCUUCAAGUUCUACAGUCAGCUAUGUUCACUUUUGAUUUAAUAGAAAGUGUCCUGGCCCGAAUAGAAGAGAUCAUCGAGGUGAAAGUAAAACCCUAACCAGAAGAAAAGUGGGUCAAGUGGCACAUUAGUGUCACGGCUUUUGUGUCUAGAUAUAUUGGUUGUUUAAAUAGUAUCAAAUCCUACACAAUUCUAUGGAUUAGAACAGUAAUAGAGUAUGUCUGGUUUUCUACAAUUCACAGCAUGUUAAGAAAAAAAAUAAGGAAUUUGCUCUGAUUUAGCAGCACUUAGCACUCCACUUUAUUUUCAUUUAAUGUCAGAUAUGAAAGAGCAAAGUGUUCUAAAUACAUUUAAACAUACUCUUAAUACUGUAGCUAUUGUUUUCAAUAAAACACACUGCAUUUCAAACUGUUGUCAAAAAGGUCUAAAUUCUUAAUAAAUGUAAAAUCAGCACAAUGUCGCACAGUACUGACAACUGGCAGUAAUACAAUUGUUUAUUUUUUUAUCACAAUGUUUGCUGUUUGAAAUGUUACAUUUGAUUUUAAACAAGGGAAAUAGAACUAUAUAUAUAUAUAUAUAUAUAUAUAUAUAUAUAUAUAUAUAUAUAUAUAUAUAUAUAUAAUUGUAUAUUCUGCAACCAAUGUAGCCCCUGCAAUCCUUAUGAAUCACUCUCGUCAAUUAUUGAUUUGUUUCAGAAGAUUUCAUUCAUAGCCUAACUGUAGGUUACGAAGCAUUUCCCAAGCAGAACUUCGCUCAAUGAUUUGAGCUUUUGCCAUUGUCAUUCGAUCCCGAACACUGUCUACAUGAGGUUUACUUGUUGCCUGCAAGAGAAUGGAAAUUAUAUUGAGACAUGUCAAUACAAAACAAUUACAAUUGAUGAAAGUUUCUUGUAGGGUAUAAAAAAUUUUGAAAAGAUUUAAAAAAGCUACCUCGCUCAACUUUGCAAUAGUCAGCAUGCUGUUUAUGAUCUCGGGAGUGUUGUGGACAGGUAUGAUACGAAGAUUACUUGUUAGAAAUCUGCAAAUAUAAAGUAUAGAUUAACUGUGGUGCAUUCCAAUAUUAGCCUUGACCGUGCUACCCUCCUAUCAAUCCUCCUAAAUGCUACAAAAACUAGAAAAGAGGGUUCAUGCCGGUCAACUUAGUACCUAAACUAUAUUUGUAUGAAUGGAUUGUCCCACACGUAAUAGUUAAGCAAAUAACAUCCCUUAUGUAUUUUCCUGUUGCAAGUAAACUUUGCUAGAGGGCUUAUAAAAGGUUGUGGGUAUCCAAAACUGUAAUCAUUAAAUUAAUAAUAAAAAGAUAGUAACCUCUGAAGAAUAUUCAUAUAUAGUCCUGAAAACAGUCCUUAAAGUUUUGUGAAAAUGAUUCAAGGAGUGUAAAAGCAGUCUAGCUCUGGUUUAGUUUGAUUUUGUCUCAAAUUGAAAUACAUACUGAAUAUAUAUAUAUAUAUAUAUAUAUGUGUGUGUGUUUAACAAAAACAUACCUCUGCUGAAUUCUGAAUAAUAUUCUGCAUUCUUUUGGUCCAUGAAGUGAAGCUAAUAAAAGAAGAAAACUGUU